AUGCAGGUAAAAGCAACUACACCUUCCCAAGCAAUGGUGCACCAACAUGGGACAGCACUCCCCAGUGACAAGGAUGACCGUGUCUGGGAUGCUGCUCCUGAAUGUUCCAUCUGUUUCACCUCAUAUGAUAAUGCCUUCAAGACACCUAAGGUUCUGGAAUGUACUCAUACUUUCUGUUUGGAGUGCCUGACCCGCUUCAUCACCAUUUCACCAGAGCAGGAAGGAACUCAGAUCACCUGUCCUCUUUGCCGACAGCCAACUUCUGUACCUGAGAGUGGACCACCAGCUCUGACCACUAGCAAAGAUAUCCUAGACCAACUCCCUAGUUACCAGCAGCAAGAAGAACAUCUAUGGCUUGACGGAAAGAGACUCUGCUAUUCAAAUCCAAUGACACCUGACUCAGUCUGCAUUUAUAUUGGUGGAGAAAACCAAGAGAAUGAAAACAGACACCGAGAAAGGGAAAGCUGUGGAAGGAGACUGCUGCACUUCCUUGGCUUUCAUGGCAACUGGAAGCAACUGCUGAUUUUUACUCUGGUGCUACUCAUAAUAUUUUCCAUCAUUCUUUGGCCCAUACAAUACAUUUUAAGGUAG